AGUUUAAUUGCCUUACUUUCAUUGUGUUUCGCUUUGAGAUUUUGGGUUCACAGUUCACGAGUGAAUAUUAGUUAACAAGAGGUUACUUUCCUCUCCAGUUAAGAAUUAGAAGUCCAAAAUGGUGAGAGCUCCGUGCUGUGAGAAGAUGGGAUUGAAGAAAGGUCCCUGGACACCGGAAGAAGACCAGAUACUCAUCAAUUACAUUCGACUUUAUGGCCAUGGAAACUGGAGAGCGCUCCCCAAACAAGCCGGAUUGUUAAGGUGUGGAAAGAGUUGCAGGCUGCGGUGGACAAAUUACUUAAGACCAGACAUUAAACGAGGAAAUUUUAGCAGAGAAGAAGAGGAAACCAUCAUCAAUUUACAUGAAAUAUUGGGAAAUAGAUGGUCGGCAAUCGCAGCAAGACUACCAGGAAGAACAGACAAUGAAAUAAAAAACGUGUGGCACACCCACUUGAAAAAGAGACUCAAGCAAAACCAAAACCAAGCCUCCGCCGCCACCACCAUGAGCGAUGUUUCCAAGUGUAACCAAGACCCCAAAAAGGAACAAGAACACGUGAAUAUUAGCAUCUCUUCUCCACAAGAGUGUUCCAGUGAAGUUUCGUACGUGAGCAACACGUGCAUGAAGAUUGAGUCGUCUUCAUCGGAUCAAAGCUUGCUUGAAAUUAUUGAUGAGAAUUUCUUGUCUGAAGUGUUGUCAGCUGAUAGUUCAGUGAUGGAGAGUGCCGGUGACAACCCGGAACUUCAAAUUUCAUCUACUCCGGUGGCGGGGGCUACAAUGGAGCCACUCAAUAGCAGUUGUUAUAUGUAUGAUAACAUGGACUUUUGGUUCAAUCUUUUCACUAGAGCUGGGGAGAUUCCUGAAUUAUCAGAAAAUCUGAGCAAUGACUGUCGGUUGUAAUUUUUUUUCUUUUCUUCUACAAAUUUUUAGGCGAGAAAUGGAAAUGACGCCAUUUGCAAACAAAAUUACAAGUAGAGUUGGUCUGUA